GGAUGACUAUCCAACCAGCAGAGCUGUGUGCAAAAAUGAGUGGCCUGGAAGGAUCAAACAUCAUCACUCUAACCCAUCACCCACAUUCUAUGAACCAACCACAUCCCACCAAUAACAACCAUGGCGUCUCUCCGUCCAUUAUUGACUGGUUUGCUGAUCCGACCAGCAACAAGCAGCAUCCAUAAAAGAGCCAGAUUACCAUGCCAAGUAGUGGCGACGGCAAGAUGCCCUUUGUCCUCUGGUUGGAACCAUCAAGGACGGACAUCCUCCUUUUCCAGUACCACUAGUAGUACGAGUGGCACGGGUUGGUUCAGUGGUUGGACUGACGAACGAAAUCGCAAGACGUUCAUCGAGCAAAUGGAAGACAUGGGCAAGGUAGAGAAAUUCACGUUGGGUGCCUACCACGAUGGAUUGGCCAAACAGACGGAUAGUUGGAAGGCUAGCAUGCCGGGAAUUCGGAGUUCCACCGAAGUGGUCAAAGCCAAGCAAACCAAACUGAUUGUGGAACGGCUCGUGUCCCUCGUGGGACGCGAUGCGGUGGUGGCGGAUUUGAACGAGGCGCUUUCCCAUAACAAGUUGGAAAAAAUCAAAGUGGCCAAUGAGUGCGAUAUUACGUUGGAAACUUUGGAUGCCGAACUCAUGGCCUUUGAAAUGACGAUCCAAACGCAUCGAUUGAUUCAAUUGCUCCAAAAACAAGGCAAACCCGUACCCAAUAAUCCCGAUGAAAUGAAAACGCUCAUGCAGACAUAUGCCCGGCAGUUGCUCACGCCCGAAGAAAAGAAAACCAUGGAAACACGCAUGAAAAAGGUAUUUCGAUCCGAAAUGCGGGGCCAAUUCAGUCGGAGGUGAUGUGAUGAAUGAUGUGCAGGUCGUCAAGUAAGUCAAGUGUAGUCAAUUCAAUCAAUCAAUCAAUCAACAGAUACUUUGCAACAAAAAGGAGUGAAAGGACAAGGUAGAACGUUGGCGUUUUCUUAAUUAACCUACCAGUAUGCUAUAGCUAUGAUGGGCAACAGUUAGUUGAAAGGCUAAUCUUUUUGACGUCAAAAACUGAGUAGAUAAGGCAGUUGUUCGGCAUUGCUUUGACAAACGUCUUCCCUAAUAAGUGCCCAUUUGCACUCUUUU